AUGAGGGUGGGAACUGAAACGCUGCUAGAUGAGAGAUGGCAACAGCAACAGCAACUGCAACAGCAACGGCGACAGUUGAAUGCAUGUGGAAAAGUGUUGCAACUGCUCAUGAAAAUCUCAGCUGUCUUCGGCUUGAGCUCGGGCAGUUGCGUUUUCCACGCGCUAGAUGGCGUGGCAACGGAAAGUGAAGGUGUCCGCUUCAUACGUCUGCGGGAGGACGCACAGGUGGGCAAGGAAAUCCUACGGGUGCAAGCCUAUCCACACUCCAGUGUGGCACUGAGGGGCGUCGAUGCCAGCGCCGAUCAGAAGUACUUCAAUUUGACGGAAUACAAUUCAACGACUCUGGUUGUCAGUCUGGCCCGCUCCCUGGAGCGCCUGGUGGAUCGGGAUGUGCCCAAGAACUUGCUCAAGUUUCGCAUACUCUGCGCUGGCAAGCAUGAGAAACUGGAGGAGGGUAGCUACCUGUCCAUCACGGUCUACAUUGAGGAUGUCAAUGACAAUGCGCCGGAGUUUCUGAAUGUGCCUUAUGUGGUUGACGUGGAUGAGAACACGCCCGUGGACAGCAUCAUCUUCGAGGGCGUGCAGGCCUUCGAUCGCGACAAACCAAACACGCCCAACUCGGAGGUCCACUUCAGCAUGUCGACUGUUCCCGAGCAGCUGUCCGCCGAUGGCCGGCCGUACUUUGCACUGAAAAGUCCCCACCGACCGCUGUUGAUACUCAAGCGUGAGCUGGACUUUGACAAUGGCAUACGACAGUUCAAGUUGCCAAUUUUCGUCUGGGAUCGCGGCACACCCGCCAAUCAGGCCAACACAACGAUCACCAUCAAUGUGCGCGAUGUGGACGAUCUGCCGCCCAAGUUCACCGAGGGCGUCUAUCGCACCAAGCUGAACGAGUUCUAUCCCAUGACAGGCAUGCCCAUACGCAUACCCCUGUACUUUGCGCCGCCGAUCAUGGCCUUUGAUCAGGACUCUCUGAAUGCUACGCUCGUCUACGAGAUCAUUUCGGGCAAUGAACGUCAGCUGUUUCGUGUGAAUCCCCACAAUGGAGUCAUGUAUCUGCAGAAGGAGAUUGAUCUGGAGGAGGAGAGUUUGCCGGGCAACACCUUUGUGGUGCAGCUGGAGGCUAGGCAGAAGGAUAAUCCUUUAAAGAAGGCGCUGGCACGCAUCGAGGUUGAGGUGCUUGAUCUUAAUGAUAAUGUGCCCGAGUUCGAGGCCGACUUCUAUAACAUUUCCAUUGUGGAGAAUUUGCCGACGGGCUUCAGCGUCUUACAGGUGAACGCCAUUGAUCGUGACCAGGGCGAAAACUCCGAGUUCGUCUAUAAUUUGGUCGAGAAUGAAACCUCAGCUGGUGCAUUUCGCAUUGACUCUCGCACCGGCUGGAUCACAGUGCGUGACGAUCGUUUGCUCGAUCGCGAGCAACGCAGAUCCAUUCAGCUGAAAGUUGAGGCCCUGGAACGCAAUCCAUCCUACCUGGACGACAAGCAUCUGAAGAAACCCGGGCCCAGCUCGGUGCGAGUGGACAUCACGUUGCUCGACAGCAACGACAACAAUCCCAAGUUCGAUCACGGUAAUCUCUACGAGUUCAAGGUGCCCAUCACGGCGCCCGUGGGCACCAAGAUCGGGCGGGUGGCCGCGCAUGAUCCCGACGAGGGACCCAACGGCCAGCUGCUCUACGAGCUGCAGCGACCGAAGGGCAGCGGCUAUAUACCCUUUCGACUGGACAGCAAGAACGGCACCAUCUAUGUGGCUGGCCCGCUGCGGCGCGGUCGCAUUGCUGUAUUCGUGGAGGCCAGCGAUCAGCCCACAAAUCCCUCCGAGCGUCGAUUCUCCUUGGCUGUGAUUACCAUCGAAGUCUAUGCGACGAUCGAUGAUCAGGCAAUCGAUUUUGUGGGUGCUCCCUAUGAGUUCUGGGUGGGUGCCAAUACGCCGCUGGGCACUUCGGUGGGUCAGGUGCGCACCACAUUGAUCUACGAUGGCGAAGACGAGAUCAUGUACGAUCUGCUGCAUACCUACUCGGAGGGCGUGCCCUUUGCCAUCGAGGAGCGAUCGGGCAUUAUAACAGUCAUACGAGAGCUGUCGGAAUUCAAGAGGAACAUCUACAACUUUGAGGCGGUGGCAAAUUAUCUAUUCGCCAACUCUUCGCAACCGCUAAUCUCAUCACGCAGCUCACUGCCUCUAACCACAGUCGCCUCAGCGGAGCUCAGUGACGAGGGCGUGCUGAUAACGAACCUGACCAUCCAUGUGGUUAACAAGCCUGAGCCCGAGAAAGUGCCACUGCGACCCGUCAUCGAGGAAAUCAAUAUGAACAUCAUCAACUUUCAUGUGGAGGAGAAUCUGGUGGGCGGCAUCAUUGGUCAGCUGCUCUACAAGAACGCCCUGAACGUGGCCAACAAUGAGCUGGGCACCUUCCGCGAGCUCUCCUCCGCCGCAACCAGCGGAAAUUUAACCACGACGGGCAGCCGCUUUCGCAGUCGAAAUCGCAGUCGCAGCUCCAAGUCGAAGCGACGAUUGCCGCGUCGCCUGGCCGGGGACUCGAAUCUGAAGCUGCGCUACAUCAUAGCCAACCAGCAGGAGGUGAUCAACAAGAUAACCAUCACGGAGGAUGGCACACUGCUGACCCUGACGGGCCUGGAUCGCGAGCAGCAGGCCAGCUAUGAGCUGACGGUCAUUGUGGAGUACAGCACCGGCAUGGUGAGUGGAGCGGGCAUCUACCAGGUCAACAUCAAGGUGGACGACGUCAACGACAAUGCACCCAAGUUCAAUGCGCUCACCUACGUCGGGCUAAUCAACGAGAACUGCGCCGUCGGCACCGAGCUCUCCAUGAACCAGGCCGUACAGAUCCACGACGCCGACGAGGGCGUCAAUGCCCAGUUCCGAGUGCUGCUGCAGGGCGACUACAGCGAUCAGUUCUCCAUAGAGUAUGUCAAUGGCAGCGCCGGAGGCAAUGCCAGCCAGCACAAGCUCUCGGCCACCACGGGCGCCUUCAACAUAUUCAACCUGACCGACCAGUGGAACGAGGAGUUCAAGUACCAGGAGCUGCACAACUCCUUCAUGCAGACGAACUUCAAGCUCAGCUCCGGCCCCUACUUUCGCAUCAGUUACACUGGCAAGCGCGGCCUGGACAGGGAGAAGCAGCAGCUCUACAAUCUGAAAAUUAUCGCCGCUGACACGGGAGGCCUCUCGGGCUAUGCGCAUCUGACGAUUCUCGUGGCGGAUGUCAACGAUAAUGGGCCGAUGUUUGAGCGCAUUUCCGUGUUCAAGGACUCACGCCUGGAGAUACGCGAAUACAAUACGGACAUGGAGAUCUACUUUGUGGAGAGCUCGCAGGGCAUGGCGAUGCCACCAACAGGUGCCAACGGCAUGAUGCUGCCGCCACCCACCUAUCAUAUACCCGGCUCGCCUAGGCUGCACUCGGAGCGCGAGAAGAGCAGCCCAGUUGCAGGAGGCGCAGGAGUCAUAGCCCGCGCCAAGUCCCGCCGUCGCACGGCUCGCGCCCUUACGGUCAAGUGUCCACUGUUUGCCAUCUACGAGGACACGCCCAUCGGCACCAAGCUGCUGCAGCUGAGCGCCAGCGAUGAGGACUUCGGUCGCAACGCCCAGCUGCACUACGAGAUUAGCGGCGAGCAGGUGGAGCGUGCUCCGGGCAUGCCACUGAUUAAGAUGCAAGCCGUGCGUCACUUUGCCAUCGACAAGCUGAGCGGCGAGCUGACGGUCAACUAUCCGCUGGCGGCCAACAUAGAGAUCUGGCUGAAUCUGAGUGUCACCGACAUAGACGGCCUGAAGGAUACCACGUGCAUGCGCUUCACGGUCAUUGAUGUGAACAACCACGUGCCGGCGUUCAAGAAGUCCUGGUACAGCUUCGAUACGCCCGAGGGCGACUACAAGGACAGCGUGCUCGGCCAGGUGCUGGCCAUCGACAUGGACUACGGCGCAAAUGCGAACAUCACCUACUCACUGAGCGACCAGCACCUGCCGUUCACAGUGAAGCCCGCCUCGGGCGUGCUGAGGAUCAACGGGCAGCUGGACCGGGAGCAGCGCGCCAAGUACAAUUUCCAGGUGAUCGCCAGCGACAAUGCGGAGCCGAUGCAGCGUCUGUCCAGCAGCGUGGACGUGGAGGUGAAUGUGCUGGACAUUAAUGACAAUCGGCCCGAGUUCAUUGGCUACGACGACCAGGCCAGGGCGGUCAAGUACAUAGCCGAUGUGACCGAUCGCACCCUGAUGCUGCCCAUCUACAAGGCGUACCUGGAUCGCAGCACUCUGCCGGGCAUGUUUGUGAAGCAGGUGAAUGCCAUCGACAAGGACUAUGUGGGCAACGGCAAUGGACUGGUGCUCUACUCCAUAUUGCAUCAGGGGUUGCAUGCGCCGGUCUUCCAGAUCGACUCCCGCGACGGCACCAUUACCACAGUCUCCAAUAUACGGGGCUACAAUGAUUACGAGCACCUCAAUGUUUCUGUCAUUGCCUCGGAUCUGGGCAGCCCGGCUCUGUCGGCCACGGCCGUGGUGCUCAUCAAUCUGCAGGGCCAGGCAGUGACGGAGCCAACGCCGCCGCCCAAGCCAGAGAUUCCAGUCAAUGUGACCAUCUUCCAGCAUACAUACUAUGACGUCCAGCUGACCGAGAACAACGAGGCUCCAAUUGAGGUGAUGCGUCUCAAUCUGACCGCCGGCCUGAAUGCCGAAAACUAUCGCUGGUCGCUCUGGCUGGAGGAGGGACUGGACGAGUCCGAUGCCCAUCCCCCCUUCGAGUAUGAUGCCAAGAAUAUGCUGCUGUACGCGCUCAAGUCCUUCGACCGGGAGCACAUCGCGCGCUACCAGCUCCGGGUGCGAGCGGACCGCAUCAGCCGGGAGCCGCGCAACUAUGCCAAGGUGGCCUACCCGGUGGUCGACGAGCGGGUCGAGGGCCUCACGCCCAACGAGUGCCGCAUUGUGGUGCGCAUUGCGGACGAGAACGACAACUCGCCCAAGUUCCGGGGCAACGGGCAGCCAAUCGUGGCUGUGCUGCCGCGCAGCGCCACCUUCGGCUAUCACGUGACACGCGUCACUGCCACGGACCUCGACGAGGGCCUCAACGCAGAGAUUCGCUAUCGCCUGCUGAACGAGCCGACGCGACUCUUCGGCAUCGACGAGCUCACGGGCAACAUACGCCUGCUGGCCGAUCUGCCGCAGGACGAGCGCAUCUACGGCUUCGAUGUGAAGGCCACCGAUCGCAUGGGCGCCGACGACGGGCACAGCGGCAUCGUCAAUGUCUUUGUCUACAUCAUAGACGAGGCCAAGCAGGUGCGCCUUGUGGUGGCCGGCAUGCCCGUGGAUGUGGAGCGGCGCAUCGAUAGUCUGAUGGAGGCGCUCAGCUCGGCCAUUGGCAAGGAUGUGCGCGUGCGCCUACUCGAACCGAACUCGGCAGGCAGCGAAGUGGCCACCAAUGCCUAUAUCUAUGCCGUUGACCCACACAGCAAUGCCAUUGUGGAAAUGGAGCAGUUGCAGGAAUCGCUGGCCGGCCUGCAGCUGGACGCACUGCAGCUGCAGCAGCAGCAUGUGGACAGCAGCAAGACGAUGCCGCGCAUCCUCGAAUUGGCCGAGUUCGGGCAGGCGGCACGGCCCACGCACGCCUCCGCCGCCAGCCUGAUGGGCGGACUGGAAUUUCUCACCUUGGCGCUGCUGGCGCUGCUCAGCCUGGGCGCGCUCACAGCGGCCUGCUGCUACCUGUGCCUGCGCCAGAAACGGCAGCUCUGGUCGCAGCGCGACUUUGCCGCCUCGGAGGCCGGACUCACGUAUACCAUCGCUGGCAUCAACCAGACUCGCUCGCAGCAGCGACGCCAGCGGCAGCUGCGGCACACGCAGCGCUGCAACAAGGGCAGCGCCGUCGGCGUCGGCGUCGGCGGCGGCAGCAGUGGCAACGGCGGCCAGCCUCGUCCGACCAGCGCCUUCAUGAACGAAUCGCUGUGCUCCUCGGCGCAGACGCAGUCGACGGCAGCGGCCACCGAGAAACUGGAACAGCAGCUGCAUCAGCAUCACCAGCAGCAGGCGCUGGUCACACAGCAGCAGCAUCAUCAGUACCUGAACGAGCAGCAGCAAUGCCAGCGCGAAUAUAUUGAUGUGCCGCUGCCCAAGUCCAUUGCCAAGGCAGCGGCGGCAGCAGCGGCCACUGGAGGCGAUGGCGGUGCUCCGUUUGUGCUCAAGUACAACGCCUGCCAGCCGGUGAACAAUCUCAACAACUAUGAGACGUCGCUGUUCUCGCUGCACUCCACCGGGCAGGACUCGGGCGUGGAGUUCCUGAGCAGUCGGGAGCUGUACGAGACCUCGCCGGACUCCUUUCAGCGCGGCGCCAGCAAUGGGGAGCUGCUCUGUCCCAGGCAUGCCAAGGCGCACCUGGAGCUGCGCCAGCAGCCGCACACGGACAGCAGCGAUACCUACGAGGACUCGCUGAAGACGGAUGAGCCCCUGGUUGCCCACAAUUGCCGCAAUAGCAACUGCGAGCAUCGCGGCAAUCCACACUCGCAUACGCAUCCGCAUUCCCAUCCGCAUCCGCAUCCGCAUCAGCAUCCACACUAUCAGAAUACCAAAUUCGAGAAGCGCUCCUGCGUGCGCCACUCCUUCUCGGGCGUCAAGGACGAUCUAGUGCAGCAGUCGCCGCAAAUCUCGUUGCGUCCGCGUGGCCACGCCCUGCGCAACUCGAUGAACGAUCUGGAGCAGCGACUGCACAAUCUGGAGCAGUCCUUCCGACGCCCGCUCGAGUUUAGCAAAUCGAACUCCCUGUUCUAGCCCUUAGCUUAACCAAGUGCAAUAAUUUAGCGUGUAGCUCUCCUCCUCACAGUUAAGAGAACCAAGUGCAAUAAACGAAGCUUUCUUUAAUUGAAUCAUACUAGCUAUUUCAUUUCUGGAAG